GAAAGAAACCUGAGCAAGUGAAGCGAUAUACACUGGUGACCGCCGUUGGAAAUGGCCGGCAGAGGUGGAACGACUCCGGCGACGUACUCGCCAUCUCCGACGACCGAUAAAAAGAAAUCCUCACUUUUCAAUGAAGAUUGGGUCCGACCCGAUGGCCGCGGCUUCCACCAGUGCAGGCCUGCCUUUUUCAGGACUGGUGCUGUGAAUGCUGCGUCCGGAUCUGCUUAUGCAGAGUUUGGAAAUACCAAGGUCAUUGUAUCUGUAUUUGGGCCAAGAGAGAGCAAGAAGGCAAUGAUGUACAGUGAUAUUGGGCGUCUGAAUUGCAAUGUCAGCUUUACAACGUUUGCAACCCCAGUUCGUGGACAGGGUUCAGACCACAAAGACUACACUGCGAUGCUUCAUAAAGCUUUGGAGGGUGCAAUAAUAUUGGAAACUUUCCCAAAGACAACUGUAGAUGUUUUUGCAUUGGUGCUGGAAUCUGGCGGCAGUGAUCUUCCUGUUGUCAUAUCAUGUGCUAGCCUUGCCCUUGCAGAUGCUGGAAUAAUGAUGUAUGACCUUGUUGCCUCAGUUUCUGUGUCAUGUCUCAGUAAGAACCUUGUCAUUGAUCCUAUUAUGGAGGAGGAAAACUGCCAAGAUGGAAGCUUAAUGAUUACUUGCAUGCCUUCUCGCUAUGAAAUCACCCAACUCACAGUUACUGGGGAAUGGUCCAGCCCAAAGAUUAAUGAGGGAAUGCAGCUUUGCUUGGAUGCUUGUGCAAAGCUUGCGAAGAUUAUGAGGUCAUGUUUGAAAGAAGCUGCUUCAGAUUCACAGGAAUAGGAUGAAAGUUCUAAGUUUACAAUGGUCACAAGAUGUGCUGUUAAUUUUUUUUUCUUCUACUUCAACAUUGAGAGAGAAUUUUGUGUUGGAGGGACGUAGGGAGAGAUGCUGUGCAUGUCCUGCAAAUUUUGUGCUUAUGAGCUUGUCAAAUAUACUUUGAAAGUUAAUCUU